GUCUGUUGAAACCCAAAAACACCAAGGACAACACGGAACGAAUCAAGAGGAUCGAGGACAAGUUUGGACAACUCAUGGAAAUUAAUGAGAUUAAAGGAAAAAUACGAAAAGGUAUCGGAAAGCCAGGGGAAGCCAUCGUCAAGGCGGCGGUAGAGGAAGGCGCCACAAUGAUCGUGACCGGCACUAGGGGAUUGAGCAAGCUCAAGAGGGCCUUUGUGGCCAGCGUCAGCGAUUACGUGGUACACAAUUCUCCAGUACCUGUGAUUACCUGCAGGCGACAUUAA